CUUCUUUAACAACCAGACAUUCAGCAUAAAUGUGAUUAAAGGUUUGAGGGCUUUUCUUUGUGGCUUUAUGAGUGAAUUAUUCAUUUAUUUUAUGGGCUUACACAGGGUAAAUCACAGAUCAUUUGCCGAUAAAUUCCAGAAAGUAAUUUCUGUGCGACUUUGGUAAAAAAAGGUCUGUAUUCUCCUCGACUUAAUAGAAUAAAUUAGGACUUAACUCAACUGAGCAUACCAUACAAGGUUAUGAAAUUUCCAUAACAAUCAGUUCUACAUUAUUAUUUCGAAGAUCUAACCCUGUUCGGCUUGGUAUGUGAAAACAGCUAAUAAGAAAGGUCUUAGACUAAUUUUCACGCAUGAUUAACUUUCAGACUUAUAAACUACCGUUAAGUUAGGCUAGAAAUAAGCUUGUUAUUACUAAUUUCUAACCAAAUGUAGUAACUAGUAAAACUUUAGCCACUUUUGUACUAGUCUAAAGCUAGAGCCUAUCGAUGCCAGUUCAGCGUCUUCCACAUUUCUACAGUCAAUUACUGCAGCGUAAAUAACAGUCAGAAUGAUAACGAAGCAAUGUGUUAGUAUUAGCCGAAGCGUCAAAGUGAUCGUUGGCUUUUAUAUUGUUUGUUUACGCUGCGCCGCGCGUUGUCAGCGCUGCGAGUGGACACAUAUGAGCAGGUUGACUGGUUAUUGGCUGGUGGUACGACUAAAACAGUUAAAAUUUGAUCGACAUUGUAGCACUUCGCCAGUCCGCCUCGGAAUUCAUUUCAGUCGUCGCGAGGAGUUGAAGUAGUCAGGAUCAGUCGUCAACAGUGGUACAGUGCAAAUGAAAUUGAAAUUAAUGCAAAUUAAAUCUGAACUGUGAACUAGGAAAAUUGUGAAGUGAAAACACACAGUAAAACACAGCUGUAAGCCUACAAAAGCAAAGCGAAAAGCAAAAAUACAAAAUGCAAAGUCACCCAGUUGACCGCCAAUUCAGCUGCAUUGCCCUUUAUUUUUUGUUGUUGUUCCUUUUGUUGCCGGCAUCGCUCAACCGUCAACAUCACGUGGCCGCAGUGACGACAAUUAACACGGAAACAGCGGCUACAAAACAACAGCAACAGGCAACACAACCCACGCCACAAGAGCAACAAGAGCAGAAGCAGCAAAGUCAGCCACAAAACAAAUCAAAGCCAAACAUAAUAAUCAUUUUAAUUGAUGAUAUGGGCUUUAACGAUGUCAGCUUUCACGGCUCGAAUCAGAUAUUAACACCGAAUAUUGAUGCACUCGCCUACAACGGCAUCAUACUGAAUCGACACUAUGUGCCAAAUCUCUGUACACCCUCGCGCGCGACGCUGCUCACUGGCAAAUACCCAAUACACACAGGUAUGCAACAAUCCGUCAUCAUUAACGAUCAACCAUGGGGACUGCCACUGCAAGAGCACCUGCUGCCUGAAAUACUGCGCGAUAACGGUUAUGCAACAAAUUUAAUUGGUAAAUGGCAUUUGGGUUUCUGGCGCAAAGAACUGACGCCCACAAUGCGUGGUUUCGAUCAUCAUUUCGGCUACUACUCGGGCUACAUUGACUACUACAAUCACACGAUGCAUAUGCUGGAUCGCAAUUAUUCGGUAGGUUUGGAUUUUCGUCGCGACUUGUCGCCAUGGCCGGAGGCGGAUGGUCUUUAUGCUACCGAUGUUUUCACUCAGGAAGCGGAACGUGUUAUCUACCAACAUGAUGCGGCGGCAAAGCCUUUGUUCCUGCUAAUGAGCCACUUAGCCGUACACACCGGUAAUGAGAAUAAUCCGAUGCAGGCGCCGGAAGAGGAGGUGGAUAAAUUUUCGCACAUCAGUGACACGAAGAGGCGCAAAUAUGCAGGUAUGAUCUCACGCCUGGACGACAGUGUUGGUCGCGUGAUGCGCGCGCUCUCGAACAAGGGUGUGCUGAACAACUCAAUAGUGUUGCUAUACUCCGACAAUGGUGCACCAACCGUGGGCAUACACUCCAAUGCGGGCUCCAAUUAUCCUUUCCGUGGCCAAAAGGAAUCACCAUGGGAAGGUGGGCUGCGCUCGGCCGGACUCAUCUGGAGUCCACUGUUGCAACAACAACGUUACGUUUCCAAUCAAGUUGUACAUGCAAUCGAUUGGCUGCCCACAUUAGCCAGCGCAGCCGGCAUAACACUACCAUCCAAGCUACAAUUGGAUGGUGUGAAUGUAUGGCGUGUGCUCAGUGAAAAUGGUGCGCCACAACCGCGACGCCUCAUACACGUGCUGGAUGACAGUGUCGGCUACAGCGCUUACACACGCGGCGCGCUGAAGUAUGUGAAUGGCACCAGCUUUGAUGGUCAAUACGAUGGCUGGUUGGGCGAUUUACCAGCCGUCGAACAAGAUCCCAGCGCGCCAUAUUAUGCACAACAGGUGCUCUCCUCAGAGGUACAACACGUGCUCGGCAGUGAAGCACUCAGCGUAGAGCAAGUCGAAAGUUUACGCGCUCAAGCCACUCACAACUGUCCCAACAACAAUGAGGACUAUACACAAGAAGUCUAUCGUUGCGAACCGCUGUUAGAACCAUGCUUCUUUGAUAUCGAAAAGGAUCCUUGUGAACGUUACAAUCUGGCUAAACUCUAUCCACUACAGGUACAGCUGCUGGCUCAAGAAGUGGAGCAAUUUAGACAAGGCGCGGUGGCGAGCGCACAGAAUACAUAUAGUGAUCCACGCUGUGAUCCAGCUUUGCAUGGUGGCGUCUGGGAAUGGUGGGCGGAGACAUCGGCAGCCAAUUCUCGCUUGGAUUUUGGUUUUAAAGGAGCUGGGUAUACGACGGUGUUGAAUGUUAUAACGCUUGCUUGGCGUGGCAUAUCUGCAAAGCUCUAAAACACCGUACGAUAAUUUCAAAUGCAUUUAAUUAACACUUAAUUACUAACGAUAAGGAAUUUUAUAAGAAGUACUUUUUUUAUAUUUUGUAAGUUAUUUAGAUCUUGCCAUUUGUAGUAAGUUUACAAUAAAAUUUAAUUUAAAAUAAUAUCAUUAAAUAUAUUACUUAUGUGGUUUUUUACUUGAUGAUGAUGAAUAAAAUGUCGACCUUAUAUAAACUUAACGUAACGUGAAUCUCUAGAACUAAUCACAAGUAAAAGUAAAAUCCCAUUUGCUGCAAAUAUCCAAGAAGAACCACAGGUAGGAUUUGGAGUUAAGUUACCGCACCAACCUUUGUAAGACCCUUAUUUUUAGCGGAUUAAAGGCAGCAACCUUAACUGAUCCGGUUUUAAUGAGAUUAUUAUAAGCAGUAGGUUAUAUAGCAAGAAGCUUAAGUAAUAUAUAUAUAUAUUUAAGAGUCAGGAAGUAAUUUUUCAGCGACAUAAGAAAUUCUGUUGAUUUCAAUAAAUGCCAUGAACGAACGCAACAAAAAUAUGCACAAAAUUCAUUAUCUUCAUUGAUUCGGGAGGUUUUAAAAAUAUGGUAUUUUUCCUCCUCCUAUUUAAAGCUUACUUAUAUAUGGUGAUAACCAAUGGAUGCUGCCAAACCCACUUCCGAACAACUGGUAUAUUUCGGAGAACCUUUGUUUAGGCGUUACGUUCAUUUAUUACAAGGAAUGGUCUUGUUUGCUCAAUAUAAUAAAUUUAGCCUUAUUCCGAGCACUGAGAGAGCAUAGUAUGAGAAAAAAAGGAGCAGUAGGAAGUGGUAAGUUUUUAAAAUUUCAGUCAGCGGUUGAAACCCUGAGCCAAUUAAUGGUGCCAACUGGUGUCCAUCUUACUCAUAGUCCCUAGACAACUUGCGGAGUCCGCUGCACUCACCUCUCUCCCCCGCCUACAAUAAUACAUUACUGAACCCAGUAAUUUCAUAGAAAUCAAAGAUAAUUU